GCUAUCACGUGGACGCACAAAUUUUCUCACUUUCCCUUCCAUUUUCUUGCCCAAGAAAAUAGAAAAACCGAAAACACAGAAAAACACUCUUCCAAAAAAAAAAAAAAAAAACUCUGCCAAAAACAUGAAGCAAUCGGAAGAGGGUAUACAGAACUCGAUCCCAGACGAUAUUGCCCUCAAAAUCGCCUCAUCCCUUCAGGUGUGGGAUGUGUGUUCGUUGGGUAGUUGUUCGAGGUUUUGGCGGGAGCUGUGUGGGUCGGAUUGUGUGUGGGAGUGUCUAUACAGAGAGAGAUGGCCAGCCCUUGAUUUGGGCAAAGACUCUUCAGCUCAGGAUGUCAAAACCCAUCAGUUUGAUCCACAAAUUGAGCCCUCCUUAAUGGGUUGGAGGGCAAUGUACAUCGACAAGCACAACGAGAUGGAUUGCAGAGCAACAGUUGUGUUGAAUUUUGUGAAACACUGUUCUUCCUCUGAAUCGAUUGAGGUUGGGCACUACCUAUCAGCAAUUGAAGGCCUAUGCUCGAUGCAGUUAGGAUUCAAAGAUGUGCAGAUGUUUCUUUUCAAGCCAAAGCUUAGCGUGCUGCUAAAUUUAAUUGGGUUGCACUACUGCAUUAGAUGGCUUGGAGUUCCGGCUGAGGCUAUCAUGGAAGCACUUGGUAGCUGCCAAAUUUCAGAAAGGGAAGUGUGCGUUCAAUGGUGGAAGCUAGGCAGGUGGUUUUACGGCUUCCGUUUGAGAGACGAGUCUCAUUCUCGGACAUUCUCCUUGUUAGAUAUUGCCCUGGACAAAGAAGAGGAAGUUCUAGGGGUGCUUCGUCGAGGUGCCAUUCACGAGGUGAUUCGUGUGCAGAUUUCUGUUGCAAAACCUGUAUCUACUCCUUGGUCUGUCCAAUCCCCACCAACUCAGAAUUAAGGAGGGUGUUCAUAACAUUCUUCACACAAUGUUUGCGUGUACGUGCACACGCUUGUAAAUAUAUAGACUGAUAAUUUGGGGGUGUCCAAAAGUGAGAAUUGAGCCCUAACCUUCUCUGGAAAUACAAAUACUGUAGAACUGUGAUGGUGUGGGUUUGGAUAAUAUAUAUAUAUAUAUAUAUAUGGUGUGGGUUUGGAUAAUAUAUAUAUAUAAGCAAGUGAAUAUUGAAUA